UUUUCUUUUUUUUUUUUUUUUUUACUUGCGAUUCUAUAUUGGAUUUUUAAAAAUAUGUCACCUCUUCAAGUUAUAAGUGCUUCAUUUUUGUCCCCAGAGUCCAAAAAUCUCCAAAAGGCGCUCGACAUUUUAGGCUAUAACUGCCACGACAUUAAUCAUCUGCAUCAACAUCCAGAAAAUUGUGAAGCUUUCUAUAAAGUUCAUACGAAUAGAGAGGAAGCUGACUGGGACAAUUUAUAUGACGGAUUCGAUGCUGCUGUAGACUGGCCUGCCUCUUACUUUUACAAAGAAUUACUUUUUCGUUAUCCUACCACAGCCAAAGUCAUUAUCAUUGAGAAAGAGCCAGAUGAAUGGUAUGAAUCUGUCAAGGACAUUUUACCCAGGAUCAAGGAAAAAAUUCAACAACAUAACAACGCAUCUUCCGUGAGCAAUGAUCAUAAAAAUACCUUUCAUCAAUUAAUGAAGGCAGUUAUUUUGAAUGGCUAUUUCAAUGAUCAAAAGGAAGCAGGAGACAAUAGAAGUGAAGAAGAAAGGAUAAAACAGGUGUAUCAAGAUCACUUAGUCGAACUAAAGAAGGUUAUACCUGUUGAACAUUUACAUAUCAUGAGAACAGAUGACGGCUGGGAGGAGUUAUGUAAAUUUCUAGGCAAAGAAAUUCCUGAUAUACCUUAUCCAAAUACUUUCACCAAAACAGAUGAUUUUUUAGCUAAACUUGAUUUAUUGACAAAGUAGUUAUUAUGUCAUGUCUUGACUAAAAUAAACGCAUUUUAAAUCUGUC